AUCAAAGCCAAAAGUGCAAGUGAAACAGAGUAAAAGCCAACUGAAGUUAAGGUUGCUGCACAAUCAUCCUAUGCACUCCAAGUUAAAAACACAGCGAACCAAUCAUUAGUUUGUCCAAAUUGAACAGGAACCAAUCAUUAGUUUGUCCAAAUUGAACAGGAACCAUGCUUGCAGGAUUCGCUACUGGAAGCCACUUUCAGCCUGGAGUUGUCAAAAUCAGCGGCAGAAGACAAAUUCUUGGCUUGAAGCCGGGCUCAUUGUACUUGUCAAGUGUCGAGUUUUCUAGAAAGAAUAGAAUUGCUUGCAAAGUUGUCAAAGAGGAAGAUGAUGUCUCGUAUAAGCUUGAGGAAGUCAGAAAGAAUCGGCCUUUGGUUAAGAUGUGUGGCAUUACUUCUGCAAGAGAUGCGGCGAUGGCUGCAGAAGCUGGUGCCGAUUUUAUUGGGAUGAUCAUUUGGUCAAACUCUAAACGGUCCGUUUCACUUUCAGUUGCAAAAGAGAUUUCGAGAGCUGCAAGGGAGUAUGGGGCACAGCCUGUUGGGGUGUUUGUGGAUGACGAUGUGGACACAAUACUAAGAGCCUCUGAUGCAGCAGACCUUGAGUUUGUUCAGCUUCUUGGAGAUGGUUCUCGUGCUGCUUUUCCAGCAUUAGUCCAAGAGAACCGUAUAAUAUAUGUCCUUCAUGCUAAUGAAGAUGGAACUCUCUUGAACCAAAUUUCUGCCGAAGAGUGUUCUCUAGUUGAUUGGGUUCUUGUGGAUAGUGCAAAGGGUGGCAGUGGCAAGGGAUUCAAUUGGACUCGGUUUAAGCUACCAAGUAUUAGAAGCAAGCACGGAUGGCUUUUGGCGGGAGGAAUAAAACCAGAGAAUGCUUCUGAGGCUCUUUCUACUCUCAAACCCCAAGGAAUUGAUGUUAGUAGUGGCAUUUGUGGCCAAGACGGCAUCCAGAAAGACCCAUUGCGAAUAUCUUCAUUCAUGAGUGCAGUUCAUUCAGUAACAUAUUGAUCCGUCAAGGUUAGACGGUGAGGAAACGAUUUAAGAUAUCAAGUUAUAUCAACAAUGUAGAACUUUUAUGUUGUGACAACCAUCGGACUAGGUAUCUGGAGAUCUGUCAAACGGACUUGGUACCUAGAUUAUGUUCAGGGGAGGGUCGAUUUCUCGGCCACUGAAGAACCUGUUAUGGUAUACUUGUAUUUGGUGAUAUCAUAAUAAUGCUAUUGUAAAAUCAGUAUC